CAGUUUCAAUUAAACACUCAUUAAGUCCGCACGUUUCAACAUUUAGUACGCGUCGUAUUAAUCGCUCAAUAUGAAGCUGUUCUUGCUGCUUUGUGUGCUUGGCAUUCACAGCUUAUCACUCGUUCAAGGCGAAACCAAGCUCGUGUGUUACUAUGACUCGAGCGCGUUUUUGCGUCAGGGUCUGGCCAAACUUGAUGUCGCCAAUCUGGAGGUCGCCCUGCAGUUUUGUACGCAUUUGGUCUACGGAUAUGCGGGCAUAAAUCGUGAAACCUUUGAGCUGCAGAGCUUAAAUGUCGAUAUCGAUAUGUUCCAUUAUGGAGAUAUUACGAAAUUGCGUGCUAGAUUCCCCCGUCUGAAGAUCCUUUUGAGUGUCGGUGGUGAUCAUGACUUGGAUGCAUCCGAGUCAAACAAAUAUCUUAAUCUGCUCGAAGCAAAUGCCACUACGCAACAAAAUUUCAUCGAUAGCAGCAUGAUCUUAUUGCGUAGCAAUAAAUUCGAUGGCUUGGACUUGGCCUUCCAGUUGCCCAAGAAUAAGCCACGCAAAGUUCACGGCACCCUUGGCACUUACUGGAAGAGUUUUAAGAAGCUAUUCACCGGCAAUUAUAUCGUCGAUAUCAACGCUGAGGUGCACAAGGAACAGUACACAGAACUUGUCUCAAAGCUGAGCAGAGCAUUGAAAAGCGUGGAUCUAUCGCUGACCAUGACUGUUUUGCCCAAUGUCAACUCAACUUGGUAUUUCGAUGUGCCCAAGAUUGUCAAUCAUUUCGACUUUAUUAACCUGGCUGCCUUCGAUUUCCUGACUCCGCUGCGCAAUCCGGAAGAAGCUGACUACAGUGCUCCCAUUUUCUUCUUGGACGAGCAAAAUCGUCUGCCCCAUUUGAAUAUCGAAUACCAGUUGAACUAUUGGCAACAAAAUCAUUGCCCAACCAACAAGCUCAACUUAGGCAUUGCCUCCUACGGCCGUGCCUGGAAACUGUCCACAGACUCUGGCGUAAGUGGCGCUCCAGUGGUACCUAGUACUCAGGGCGCAGCACCUGGUGGACUUCAAAUUGCCAGCACUGAAGGAUUGCUGAGUUGGCCAGAAAUCUGCUCGAAAAUUUCGCAGAAUGCAACAGCUGCCUAUCGUGGACACAAUGCCCCAAUACGCAAGACCACCGAUCUCACAUCGAAAUAUGGCAACUAUGCAUUCCGCCCGGCUGAUGAGGAUGGCGAGCACGGACUAUGGGUUAGCUACGAUGAUCCUGACUUUGCAGGCAUCAAGGCUGACUACGCUAAGCGCAGAGGUCUGGGCGGUGUUGCUUUGUUCGAUCUGAGCUAUGACGACUUCCGUGGACUUUGCACGGGAAACAAAUUCCCCAUACUUCGUUCCAUUAAAUCUUUCCUGCCCUAAUAUAUAGAGUGGACAUGCAUUUCUCUACUAGUUUUACUAAAUACACAAUUUGACAUGUAAAUAUUUCAGAAACGACUUUAAAGCCUCUACUUCCAUAAUAAACUGAUUGCAAAAGCAAUUAAUUUUAAAUAAA